AUGGUUCUCCGACGACGAAAGGACUACAUCGAGUCCUCGGGAGCGCACCCGCUUCCUUUCAAUUUUACGAUCCCUCUGAAUCGAGGAGCCGCCGAUACGCCUCUCAAUGCCACAAGCCAAAUUAUCAUCCCGCACGUCUCGCUCGUGGCCACUCCGUUUACCGACGGUGGCGGAGAGAUACGCACAAUUUCGACCGGGAAAUUUCAAGGCAGAAAGGCUGGGGGAGGAGCUCGGAUUCAUAUAUAUGGAUCAGCGAGAUACGGGAGUGGAUACGGAGUAUAUAAUAAGAAGGAGUGGGGCUGGACCUACAGUGUCGAAACGGGCCUCAACGUCUCUGGCCGCGACCUCUUCUUCGGAUAUCCACCCUUCCACUGGGGAGAUUCCUACAGUGGUGGCAAGGAGUACUCAGAGAUACCAAACGAGGACAUGCCAGGAAUGGCGUUGAUCGACGACCCCUACCGGGCUUACCCAGGCCCUCAGUACCCAAAUCAAUAUGGGUACUUGAUGGCAAAGAAAGGGGACCAAAGCUGGAUUACUGUUGCAGACGCCGCGACGAUCAACAUCCUCUGGGACGUCCUCUUGCUUCCAGAAGACAAGGGAGGAUGCGGGGUCGACCGAGACCGGUCAAGGCGGGGGUCACCAGCGUCUGGGAUCAAGUUCACAUUGGCAUGCUUCAAGCGCCAAUCGAGAUAUAUCCUUGGAACGUUAUCCAGUACUAUCGUGCUAGCUCUGUCUUUUCUUGCCAAUUCGACAUACGACAACAAGUUUGCGCAUGUCGCGAGCUUGAACAACACGGACUACUGGGCGGCCUCGCCGCUCAACACGACGGGCGUUGACCUCGAUUUUCUCAAGUGUCUCAAUACUACUAUUGCAGCUGCACUUCCCAUGGUCGACCCAACCCUCGUCGUGCGCUCACGACUGUCGCCGGGGCAAAUUGCGGGGGUUGCAAUCGGAAGUAUAAUUGGUGGCAUAUUGCUGAUUGGACUCGCUGUCUGGCUCUUCAUUCGACAUAGAAGAGCUCGUCCGAAGAAGGGAAAGGGCAUUCCGGAGAUCCCGUCGUCACAGAACUCUGUCCAUGAACUCAUGAACGCGUAG